AGACUGAAUGAUUUAUUUAGAGUUUGAUAAGCUGUCAAACGGAAUUUAGUGGUGAUAAACCAAGAGAUAUCUCAAAUGACGUGAGUUUCAAUACCGGGAGUGACGGUGAAUAAUAUUGUAGUAUAUACGAAAAUAUGUGGUUGUUUUAACAGGUCCUGGUUGUGGACGUAAGGAAGUCAAAGAAAACCAUCUACAUAGUGGGAUUUAUCGCAAUGGUGGCAGCUAUUGUGACAGUUGUGACCCUUGUGGUCGUUUUAUCUGGUAACGAAGGUGGCGCUGUUGAUCCAGACACAACAACACUAGCUCCGACAACAGUAACAACAACAACAACUACGACAACCACAACAACAACAACGACGACAACUACUGAAGCACCACCGAUAGAAACGACAGAGGUACCGCCUGAAACACCACUGAAUGAAAUAGAUUUGGCUGAUAUAUUAGAUGGCAAAUUGACAGCGAAUUCUCCUAAUGGAACCUGGGCUUCUGGGAAUGACAUUCUAUUCCUGAAUGCUUAUGGCGAUCUGAUUCUAUACGAUGUUGAGGAAAGCAGUCCUACGAUUCUGGUUUCAAAUACGUCACAGAUUUUGCAACAAUCCUACCAGUUCAAACAGCUGUCUUCUGAUGGCGUAUACGUGGCUUUGUCCUAUCUUGAGACUAUGAUUUAUAGAUACAGUUUUGAAGCCCGCUACUCCGCCAUUGACACUCGGACAGGAGCGGUGACGAACAUUGCGCCACCAGGGAUCGAGGCCAAUGAUGCCUAUCUACAAAACUUUGUAUGGUCCCCCAUUGGUACCGCAUGUGCGUUUGUCUACGCCAACGAUAUAUACUACCAAGCAAGUAUAGACAGCGCGGCAGAGCGAGUUACCUCCACUGGAUUGAGAAAUGUUAUCUAUAAUGGAAUACCUGAUUGGGUAUACGAAGAGGAAGUAUUCGCGUCGAACAAUGCUUUGUGGUUCUCCAGUGACGGUAGUAAGAUGUCAUAUGUGACGUUUGAUGACACCAACGUUAGAAUCAUGAACAUACCGACGUUUGGAGAACCUGGCUCCGUUGAAGACCAGUACACAUCACAUCGUGCUAUAAGAUAUCCAAAGUCGGGAACGAUCAAUCCCACAGUGACAGUUGUACUGCGUGAUAUUGCGACAGGAGGUCAGAAUACUUACGCCGCACCUGUGGACCUUACAGAGGCUAUUAUAAAGAGGGUUGUCUUCGUGGACAAUACCAGAGUAGCUGUGGUGUGGACGAACCGAGUACAGACCUCUCUUGUUGUGGAGAUGUGUACGUUUGGUACUGCUAUCUGUACACGGAUAUUCUCAUAUACGGAGAAUGGUGGUUGGAUUGACAAUGAACCUUUCAUAUUCAACCCUCAAGGCAACGCAUUUAUCACUAUUCUGCCAUUUGCAGUUAACAACGUCCGGUACAAGCAAGUGGUCCAGGUGUCAGCAGGAGCGACCGCCGCUGCUCUGUGGUCUGUCGCUGGCAGAACAAACACUGCACACACAGUCACUGACAUCCACACUUGGACUGCUGAUAAUGUGAUCUGGUACACAGCCACACACGUGAACGACAGCACCGAGCAGCAUCUGUAUACCCUAAACCCUGACAACGUUGUGACCUGCUUCACAUGCGACAUAGUGCGACCGGACGGCGCCCGCUGUCUCUACAAUACCGCCUUCCUCAAUGCCAAUGCAACUCAUGUCCAAGUGGACUGUGCCGGGCCCAACGUACCACAAGUCCUCAUUUAUAAUGCUAAUGGCACCUUGGUAUCAGAAUGGGAUAGCAACGUGGAAGUGUCUGAGUUUGCGGACACGGUUGAUAUCCCAGUGACACUACGAGUGACUGUUCCUUUAGGAGAUGGAAUACCAAAUGCUGAGGCGUUGAUACAGGCGCCUCGUGAUUAUAUGUCUAGGAGCAAUGUUCCGUUACUUGUAUAUGUUUACGGCGGUCCAGACUCAGCACAAGUGAAGAAGCAAUGGACAAUGGACUGGGGCUCAUCCCUAGUGAGUCGUUGGGGCAUUGCGGUGGCUCGUAUCGAUGGUAGGGGUUCUGGUCUCCGCGGUAUCGAUAAUAUGUUCGCAAUCAACAGACAACUUGGUACUUAUGAAAUUGAUGAUCAAAUUAAUGCUACCAGAUACCUGCAGCAAGAGUUACCGUGGUUGGACAGCAAUCGUACCUGUAUAUGGGGCUGGUCGUACGGCGGGUAUGCGGCUUCGCUUGCCCUCGCUCGCGGCGGCGACGUGUACCGAUGUGGAAUUGCCGUAGCGCCUGUUGUGGACUGGCGAUUCUACGACACCAUCUACACAGAGAGAUACAUGGACACACCGCAAAACAACCCACAGGCCUAUCUUCAGUCCUCGCUGCUUACGGAUCCAGUUGUGGAGUCGUAUCGCAACAAGAGUUAUUACCUCGUGCACGGAACUGAAGAUGACAAUGUUCAUUAUCAGCAUGCCAUGUUGUUCUCUCGGCUGCUACAAACCAAUGACGUCUACUUCAAUCAAAUGAGUUACACAGACGAGGACCAUUCAUUGGGUAAUGUUCAACUUCAUCUGUACCACAGCCUCGAGAAGUUCCUACGAGAAUAUAUGUUGUAAUUAGACAUAUAUUUAUUAUUCAUGCGCAGAGCAUUCACCGCUCUAUUUAUUCUGGUUAACGCAUUAAUGCUCUAGCAAUUUUUCCUAACAAAUAAUGAGUAAAAAUAAAAUAUAAAAUUUGUUAUUAAUUGAAUUCCACUUACAGUGUCUCUGCACUUGUAAAUAAUAUCUUGACAAUAUAAUGUCGUUAAAAGAAGCUAAAAGUAGUUCAAUUAACUAGAUAUCCUAUAAAAUUAUGCUCAAUCAUUAUUGUAUAAGUUUUACUUAAAAAUAUUUAUUUUUAUGUAUUUAUUUGUAAAUUAGCUGGUAUACAGCGUGACAUUAAAUGAAUACACGGGUAAAGCUAUUUAACCUUAAUCAUAAAAAAAAUAUAUAAUAUAAUACAUAAUUCACGUAAAUUAACCAUUCUAUAACAUUAUUUUGGAACAUCCUGUAAGUAAUCUCGUAGCCGCGAUCUAGCGUAGGCAACUGACACCUUUUUCUUCUACGCUGCGCCGUAGGCGUCUGGUAAAUAGCGUCCACGUAAAGGUAAUAAAAAUUUUGUUUUCUAAAUGUGUAAUUACUUAGAAAAUUUUAAUAUACUACCCGUGUGUUAAUUUAAUAUCGCCACCUUGUUUACAAAUAUACGGAUUUCAGCGUAUUUUGAUAAAUUUCACAAUUUUUGUGCCAAUUUUAAUAAUAACUCUUAAAAUUUCAAUUCUUUUUUGAAUUUGCCAUAACAUUCAUAAUACAAUCUAAUACAUGUUGAUUGUCGAAGUAAUAAAUAGGUAUUAAUAACUUAUCAGUUCAUAUUACCAAUAAUAUUUGUUAUUUAUUUAAGAGUAGCGUUUCUACGUCUCUCCCACCAUUAUAUCGUAUAUGAUUUGUAAAUAAAUGAACCUAAUUAUUAAAGGUGAAAUAUGUUCAAUAAAACUGUUUUCAUUAUACAA